AUGCUCACGUUUGCGCAGCGCCCGGAGGUCAUGGAGCUCGUCUUGUCGCACGUCCUGUCGUCGAGGCUGCUCGUGGUGCUGGGCCGGCUGCUGAACCACUCGUCGGGGCAGCGCCUCAAGAUUGCGCGCGUCACGCUGUCGAGCUUGCGGAACAUGGCCUCGGGGUCCACGGUCAUGCACACGCGGAUACGUCGCGACUUGCUCGCCGCGGAAGUGCCCGCCGUGCUGCGCCGGCUCAUCCGCAUGGGCUCCGGGAGAGGCGCGUUGCUCGGCGCGGACGAGGACGCCAUGGAUGACGCCCGGGCGCUCGCGGAGCUGCUGCAGGAGGAGCGCGCGUCCAUGAGCACGCUGGACGCUUACAUUGCCGAGGUGCAGGCGGACGCCUUGCAUUGGUCACCGAUUCAUAGGGAUGCUCGCUUUUGGAUGGUGAACGCGCAGCGGAUCGUGGACGACCACCGGCGCGUGGUGCGCCAGCUGGCGACCGUGCUGAUAGAGUCGCAGCGGCAGUCGGCCGAGGCGAUUGCCGUCGCAUGCAACGACUUGUCGAUGCUGAUGAGGGAGACUACGACAGGGAAGGCCGCUCUUUUGUCGAUCGAGGGCCUGAAGGUCAGUCUCAUGAGCUUGAUGACGUGCCACGAAGACCCCACGGUGAGAGCGGCGACCCUCACGUGUGUUCAGUAUCUCAUCACGUCGUCAGUGCGGACGUGAGAAUUAGGGGGAGGGUAGUCUCAACUUCUAGCUUCUUACGUCGUCGGCUUUUUGCGAGUGCGGUGGGGGCAUCGUUGCCCCUCUGUACAUGUGUAGAACAACGACGACUACGGUGUGUACCAUAGACGCAAUAGAUGUCGCUCCUCGCGCUAAUUGUGCUGUACUGUAUAUAAAUAUUGUAGACCGUUAACAAGCA